AUGGCUCGUGUACUUCAAUCCCUGCGUCGGGUCUUGGGAUUGACUCCUCCCCGACCAUCUCAGACGUUUGCCCGGUCGAUAGACACAGAUUUCUUUCGGUUCCGAGAGGGCGACCGUGUCAUCCUUCAUGGCAAAACCCCGAUCUUAACGAAGCCUCUACAAAAGAACCAUAAAACCGACCUCUCUCGCGGAUACCUACCACACGAAAGCAUCAUCGGGCAGAAAGCGCGCAGUCGCGUUCAAGCGCAUAAAGGGACCGAUUACCGAGUCACCCAUCCUACCUUCGAAGAAUAUGUCUCCUUGACGCCUCGUCUAGUAACGCCGAUCUACGGACCGGACGCCGAACUCAUCGUUUCCCUACUCGAUAUCCACGUCGCUCCUCCCGCCGAGGGAGAUGAUCUACCGCCCUUGGAGAUCCUGGAGUCAGGCACCGGCCAUGGCUCUCUGACAUUACACCUCUCCCGUGCCAUCCAGGCCGCCAACCCAUGCCCACCGGCAAUUCCACCCAGCUCGCAGAUCAAAUACCUACAAGGUCGUCCCCAACGGCCCGACGAACGGAAAGACCAGACGGACAAGAAGGACGAACAAUCUCAAAAGAGCGACACGUCUAACACCGCCGAAAAGGAGACGACGCCGCCCUCAUCCGACCCUCUCCAAGAACAAUGGGACGCCUGGCGGUCGCAGCGCCGCGCAGUGAUCCACACGGUAGAUGUAUCGCCCAGCUUCUCGGCCCGCGCGGAGAAGACCGUCCGCGGCUUCCGACGCGGACUGUACGCAGGAAACGUCGAUUUCUACGUCGGACACGCGGAGAACUGGAUCGCCGAGCAGAUCCGACAACGGACCCCGAAGACUCUCCUGACCAAACCGACCGUCGAGCCGUUCCUCACCCACGCCAUCCUCGACAUGCCGUCGGCGCAUCAGCGCAUCCCCCACGUGGCUCCCAUCCUGAAACCCAACGGCAUCCUGGCCGUCUUCAUGCCCAGCAUCACGCAGAUCGGCGAGUGCGUGGACCUCAUCCGCAAACAGAACCUGCCGUUCAGCUUGGACCGGGUCGUCGAGUUGGGUGCUGGUAUCAGCGGCGGCAGGCAAUGGGAUGUGCGUUUCGCGGUCAAGAAGUCCCGUGCUGAUCCGUCGUCGUGGACUGCAGACGACGCCGACGCUGUCGCCGUGCAAACUCCUCCCCGUGAAGAGACACCCCGUGAUGACGGCGUGCUGGUCUGCCGGCCGAAAGUCGGGGCUCGGAUCGUGGGUGGAGGCUUUGUUGGCAUCUGGAGACGCUUUGAGGAUACACAGAAGCGCUGA